CUCAUCAACCUUGAAGAAUUUUACUUAUCCAUCAUCCUAUUUUGAUAUUAAUUUCAGCUUUCUCUUCUUCAUUAUCAUCACAAAAUUGCAAUCUUUGCUACAAAUUUUCCAGGAAAGAAAAACACCCUUUUGAAAAUGCAAAAGUCAGAAGAAGAAAAUCAUGACCUUCCUCAAAAGUCAAAACCACUAGAUGAAAAUGUGUUUUCCAUGGAUUAUGAUAUUGACUUUGAAACUUCAUGGCCUUUGGAUCAUAUAUCUAACUCCAUGCAUCCUUUUUUCUUGCAAAAUAUCUCUGAACAACCUUUUUCACCUAUUUGGACUUUUUCUGAUGAUGAUCACAACAUUGCAGCUUCAGGUAACAACAAAAACAUAAUAACUGAAAACCGAGUCGAAAAUGAUGACAAGCAUAAACGUGUGACACCCCAUAUAGGUCUACCACCUUUACAAAAUCCACAUGGUUAUUGCCUAAUCAAGGAAAGAAUGACACAAGCUCUUAGAAACUUCAAAGAGUUAACUGAACUGAAUGUUCUUGCUCAAGUUUGGGCGCCCGUGAGGAAUGGAAGUCGGUAUAAACUCACAACUUCAGGCCAACCAUUUGUUCUCGAUGCACAUAGUAAUGGACUUCAUCAGUACAGAACAGUUUCUUUGAUGUAUAUGUUUUCUGUUGACGGAGAAAACGACGAAGUUUUAGGACUUCCUGGAAGAGUUUUUCAGCAGAAGUUACCUGAAUGGACUCCUAAUGUUCAGUAUUAUUCUAGUAAAGAGUAUUCAAGGCUAAAUCAUGCUCUACAUUAUAAUGUUCGCGGAACUUUGGCUUUGCCGGUGUUUGAACCUCCAGGACAAUCAUGUGUUGCUGUGUUGGAAUUGAUUAUGACUUCACAGAAGAUUAACUAUGCUCCUGAAGUGGAUAAAGUCUGCAAAGCACUUGAGGCAGUAAAUUUGAGGAGUUCAGAAAUUUUGGAGCAUCCAUACAGUCAGAUAUGUAACGAAGAUAGACAGAAUGCAUUAUCCGAGAUUUUGGAGAUAUUGACAGUGGUGUGUGAAACUCAUAAUUUACCUUUGGCACAAACAUGGGUUCCAUGCAGGCAUAGAAGUGUUUUGGCUCAUGGUGGUGGUCUAAAGAAAAAUUGCUCAAGUUUUGAUGGUUAUUGUAUGGGACAAGUUUGCAUGUCAAUAACCGAGGUAGCAUUCUAUAUCAUAGAUUCUCACACAUGGGGUUUCCAUGAUGCAUGUGUUGAACAUCACUUACAACAAGGUCAAGGAGUUGCCGGAAGAGCUUUUUUGUCUCAAAACAUGUGUUUCUGUAGAAACAUUACUCAAUUCUGCAAAACCGAUUACCCUUUAGUACACUAUGCUCUCAUGUUUGAUUUAACAAGCUCUUUUUCAAUAUGUUUACAAAGUUCUCAUACCGGAGGUGAUGAUUAUGUACUAGAGUUUUUUCUUCCUCCUAGUAUCAAUAAAUUUUGUGAACAAAAGGGUUUGUUAGGAUCAAUAUUGGCAACAAUGAAACAAAAUUUCCAAAGUCUUAAGGUUGCUUCUGGCGUUGAACUUGAGGAAGAUGGAUCAGUUGAAAUUGUUGAAAUAAUAAAUGGAACAGUUCAUUCGAGGCUUGAAUCAGUUCCGAUUAUUCAAUCUACUAAAUUAUCAGCUAGACAUGAUGAUGCCUCGCCGGAUAUGGAGGAGGGAGUGCCACUAGAUCAAUCACGACAGAAAAUAAUCACAAAUUUUGAUGACAUAAAUGAUAUAGGAAAUCUUGAUGAUUAUGCAGGUGGAAGCAUUGAUCAGAUCCAUUCCUUGAAGACUGAAACCAAAAAGAAACCGUCGUUGAGAAAACGCGGAAAAGCUGAGAAAUCAAUUAGUCUUGAAGUCUUGCAAGAUUAUUUCAGUGGGAGUCUAAAGGAUGCUGCAAAGAGCCUUGGAGUUUGUCCAACUACAAUGAAGCGAAUCUGCAGGCAGCACGGAAUAUCCCGUUGGCCUUCUCGAAAGAUCAAAAAGGUUAACCGUUCGCUGUCCAAGCUCAAAUGUGUGAUUGAAUCGGUCCACGGUGUUGAAGGAGCAUUUGGUUUGGAUUCUCCAAGUACAAGCACAAUCCCUAUUGCUGCUGGUUCCUUUAAUGAACCUUCUACUUCGAACAAGUUUGAACACCAUACCUCAUUAAGCAUAAUGCCAUCAGAACCUAAGAAGAACGAAAAUUAUUUAGAUGCAUCUAAAUCAGAACCUCAAAAACCAUUAGGAGGAAUGCUAAUCGAAGGUGCUGAUAGUUCUAAAGACUUGAAAAAUCUGUGUCCUUCAACAGAUGUUGUUUUGGAGGAUCAGGUCCUAGAAGCUUCAAGGAUUCAUCCUCCAUGUUCUGAUUUUGUUCAUAUGCAAAUGCAGCACAUGGAUACUCUUAAUUUUGCAGCUCAGAAAGAGAUGAAGAUUGUGACUAUAAAGGCAACAUAUAGAGAUGAUAUCAUAAGGUUUAGGGUUUCUUGGAACUGUGGCAUUGUGGAAUUGAGAGAAGAAAUUGCUAAAAGACUGAAACUAGAGGUAGGGACAUUUGAUAUCAAGUAUUUGGAUGAUGAUCAAGAGUGGAUAUUGGUAGCUUGUGAUGCAGAUUUACAGGAGUGCAUGGACAUUUUAACAUUAUCAGGAAGCAACAUUAUCCGGCUUGUUGUGCAUGAUAUUUUGUCCAUUCUUGGAAGCUCGGUUGAGAGCUCAGGGGAAUGAGGAGAGGGAACCUUGACUCUCUGCACUCGAGGAAAUUACACUGACAAGGGAUCUUAGCUAUUAGAUAAAGAUCAGACGAGUUGUAUGAGUAGUAUUCUGACUUUACUAAAUCGGCUUUAUAGUACAACUCAGUGUAAGAGUCGUCCAAUCUUUAUCCAACUGUCGAGAUCGGCGACAGUGUGAUAGUGUCAAUGCAGAAAAUCCAGUUCCUUAUGGGAGGCUAGAUGUAGUUCAAGUCCAUAGUUAUUUAGGGAAUUUUUUGUCUGAGAAAACAUUUUUUCCCAUUUUUGUUUUCAUAAAUAAUUACAAAAGUAUGACGUUGUUUCUUGUUUCAAAUAUAUGUACAGGAAACAGUGAAAAAUAGGCAAAUGACAUAUUUUCACUGUUUCUUAUUGGAAUAUUUGAAUUCAAGAAACAAUUAUGUAAUUAUUAGAGAAAAUGAAAAUCUAAAAAAAGUUUCUGGCAAAAAUAAGCUCAAAUUUUCUUGUGUCAACUCAUGAGAAUGAGGAAAGGUUGUGUAUAAUAUAGUUUGUACUUAAUGAUUUGGAUUCUUGUAAUUAUAGGAUUAGGUUAAGAAUAUAUUUAGUUUCAAAUAUUCACCCAUUGUAAGAAACUUAGUACCAUUAGAUUAAAGGACUACCACUUUCAUGUUUUUUUUU